AUGGCGAACGUUGCUAUUCCUACUUCGUUGUACUCGCAUGCUUCUGGUAUUAAGACUCUCAGUGGGUCAAAUUUCUCCGAAUGUGAGGAAGCAGUUAGCCUAAUUGAAGCCUGGACCAAGUCCAAUAGGCUUAGUCUUAUGCUUAUUAGAAUGAAUGUUGCUAAUAAUAUUAAGACUUCUCUUUCUGAGGUUGACAAUGCUAUGGAACUGUUAACGGCUAUUAAAGAACGCUUUAAAUCAGCGGACAAGUCGUUAGCAGGGACACUCAUGGCUGAAUUGACUACCAUGAAAUAUGGUGGUGAUAAGGGAAUUCAGGAACACAUCCUGAAUAUGACUGAUAAGGCUGCCAAACUUGGAGCUUUUGGCAUGAAAGUGGAAGAGUCCUUCCUUGUACAAUUUAUCCUUAACUCACUUCCAUCAAAGUUCGGCCCAUUUAAAAUCCACUAUAAUACUCAAAAAGAUAAGUGGAAUUUGAAUGAGCUUUAA